GUAAGUGUAACCGAGUAAGCUAGUCUUUAAAUUGAUUCGACAGUUGUCGUAUAAUUUAAAUUAUUAUUUGUCUCAAACGUAGUCAAAAUUGAGUAUGUAUUUUAUGUAUUUCUACCUUUAGUAACUGAUAUGCAUGCAUUAAAAUUUCGAGUAUUUUCAAAAUUAUCAACCCGCCUAAUGGAAACAGAGCAGGUAUUGCCUACGAGCCAACACUGUCCCAGCAAAUUGCACAUUUCCGAGCCGUUCCACUCCGAAUUACAAUUAAAGAGUGCUCAAGUUGUUGAACAUAAAAAGCAUCUGUGUCGUGGUCAAGCUGUCUGUUCUGAUAAAUUAGCAUGUUUUAAAUUGGUAAUGCAAAUGGAACACUGUGAAGAUCCAUCGAAAAAGUUGUAUUUCUACGUAAAACAGAAUAUGAAUGAAAUAUUGACUCGAGGCUUCAUACUGAAUUCAAUAUUUUUUAAUAAUCUUAUGGUGGAAGCUUAUGUGUGGAGGAAUCAACAACUGGGUGGACCCAAGCUAAAACACCCAGCAGUAAAAAAAGGCGGUGUGCGUUUUAUGGGCUACGAUGAUAAUGAAUCUGUACUGUUUGACGAAAGAGGUUAUGGUAAACCAGCAGGUGUAAAGCUUGCUAACUAUCCAAAAUUUAAGCGUAAAUAUCGCGACAAGGGCUUGGCCGUCUUCACCAGCGGUGGCGACUCCCAGGGCAUGAAUGCGGCUGUAAGGGCUUGUGUGCGUAUGGCCAUCUACGUGGGAUGCAAGGCGUACUUCAUUCGUGAAGGCUAUCAGGGCAUGGUGGAUGGCGGCGAUUGCAUUCAGGAAGCGACUUGGGCAUCGGUAUCGUCGAUCAUACACCGUGGCGGCACCAUUAUUGGCUCAGCCCGUUGCCAGGAUUUCCGUGAGCGUGCUGGACGCCUGAAGGCUGCCAAUAACUUGGUGCAACGUGGCAUUACCAACCUGGUGGUGAUUGGCGGUGAUGGCUCGCUCACUGGCGCCAAUUUGUUCCGUCAGGAGUGGUCCAGCCUGCUGGAUGAGCUGGAGAAGAAUAACACCAUAACCAGCGAGCAGAAGAACAAGUACAACGUUCUGCACAUUGUUGGAUUGGUGGGCUCGAUUGAUAACGACUUCUGUGGCACGGACAUGACCAUUGGCACGGACACGGCGUUGCAUCGCAUCAUUGAGGCAAUCGAUGCCAUUGCCAGCACUGCCUACUCACAUCAGCGCACCUUCAUCAUGGAGGUCAUGGGUCGUCAUUGUGGCUAUUUGGCAAUUUCAGCCGCUAUUGCCACAGAAGCUGAUUUUAUGUUCAUACCCGAAGAGCCCGUACCAGUUAACUGGCAGGAUGCUCUGUGCACAAAGCUAGCUCAGGAGCGUUCCGCUGGUCAGCGCCUGAACAUUGUGAUUGUGGCCGAGGGCGCAUGCGAUCGCGAGGGCAAUCCCAUUUCCGCUGAAGAUGUGCGCAAGGUGAUCGAUGCGCGUCUCAAGCACGAUGCUCGCAUCACUGUGCUGGGCCACGUGCAGCGUGGCGGUAACCCCAGCGCCUUCGAUCGUGUCCUGGCCUGCCGAAUGGGUGCCGAGGCCACUUUGGCUUUAAUGGAGGCCACGCCGGACUCAGUGCCAGUGGUCAUCUCGUUGGAUGGCAACCAAACGGUUCGCGUGCCACUUAUGGAGUGCGUGGAGCGCACCCAAGCCGUGGCCAAGGCCAUGAAGGAGCAUCGCUGGGCCGAUGCUGUCAAGCUGCGCGGUCGUUCCUUUGAACGCAAUCUGGAGACCUACAAGAUGUUGACUCGCUUGAAGCCACCAAAGGAGAACUUCGAUGAGCAGGGCAAGGGCAUCGAGGGCUAUAGGCUGGCCGUGAUGCACAUUGGAGCGCCGGCUUGCGGCAUGAAUGCGGCUGUGCGCAGCUUUGUGCGUAACGCCAUUUAUCGCGGCGAUGUUGUCUACGGCAUCAACGACGGCGUUGAGGGUCUCAUUGCUGGCAAUGUGCGCGAGCUGGGCUGGUCUGAUGUAUCUGGCUGGGUGGGUCAAGGUGGUGCUUAUCUAGGCACCAAGCGCACUCUGCCCGAGGGCAAGUUCAAGGAGAUCGCUGCUCGUCUUAAGGAGUUCAAGAUUCAGGGUCUGCUGAUCAUUGGCGGAUUUGAGAGUUAUCACGCCGCUGGGCAAAUCUCCGAUCAGCGUGAAAAUUAUCCAGAGUUUUGCAUACCCAUUGUGGUUGUGCCUGCGACCAUUUCGAACAAUGUGCCCGGCACUGAAUUCUCGCUCGGCUGCGACACCGGCUUGAACGAGAUCACCGAAAUAUGCGACCGCAUUCGUCAAUCGGCCCAGGGCACCAAGCGUCGAGUGUUUGUCAUCGAGACAAUGGGUGGCUAUAGCGGCUAUUUGGCCACGUUGGCUGGCCUGGCCGGUGGCGCCGAUGCCGCAUAUAUAUUUGAGGAGAAGUUCUCCAUCAAGGACCUGCAGCAGGACGUCUAUCACAUGGCAUCCAAAAUGGCAGAGGGUGUCUCUCGCGGCCUGAUCUUGCGCAACGAGAAGGCCAGUGAGAACUAUACCACUGACUUCAUCUAUCGACUGUACUCGGAGGAGGGCAAGGGUCUGUUCACUUGCCGCAUGAACAUUUUGGGUCACAUGCAACAGGGCGGCUCACCCAGUCCAUUCGAUCGCAACAUGGGCACCAAAAUGGCCGCCAAGUGCGUCGACUGGCUGGCAAAGCAAAUCAAGGAAAACAUGGAUAGCAACGGUGUCGUUAACUGCAAAUCGACCGACACAGCAACCCUGCUGGGCAUUGUAUCCCGACAGUAUCGAUUCACGCCCUUGGUCGAUCUCAUUGGCGACACCAACUUUGAUCAACGCAUCCCGAAGAAGCAGUGGUGGCUACGCCUGCGUCCACUGUUGAGAAUCCUGGCUAAGCACGACUCUGCUUACGAAGAGGAGGGCAUGUACAUUACCGUCGACGAGGAAUGCGCCACAGAUGCUGUUGCUUAGAUAACAAAGAACGAUACAACAAAAACUUAUCAUGCCCAGUGCACAUAGGAAACAUCAUUGCUUAUUUAAACUUCUACUCUGACAGUUGCAACAAACGUAAACGUUGCGAAGUUUGUUAUUUCGAUUUCUUUCACUUAUAUAUAGACGUUUUCGACAUAUUUAUACUAUAAACAUGUCUCUCAGCUCAGGUCAAAGUUUAGCUGCUAAUAUUUACUGGUAUUUAGCCAACCUUACCCCAGAGUUAAAGUGUGCACUUCAAAAAAUCCAUGUCAACUAAGUGUAUUUCUAAUGUAUACAAUGCACAUUUAUACAUAUAUUUCAGGAUAUAUAUUUAAAUAUAUAAAUGUAUAAACUAUACC